UAUAGCCGCAGCAAAAGAAAUUAAGGAUAGGGUUUUCUCUUUUACAUACGUUAUCUCAUUUGUGUAUUUCGAUCGAUUAAGAGUUUGACGAAUUUGGCUGCCGUAGAUGUUAAUUAAACGGAAUAAGAAGAUUGGAUUUUUAAGAUAGACAUUUAUAUAUUUGUGAAUCGAAUCGAACGGAACCCAAUUAGUUGAAUUUGUAAAUAUGGGAAGAUCGAAGAAUUCAAAAAAGGUUAAUUGGGCUUCAGAUGUUAAUCUCUAUCAGGUAAGGCUGUUUUUGUCGGAAGAAUCUCCUUCACAAGUUGCAGUUGAAACUCAAGACCAUCUCCAGCCAAAGACUUUAUGGUCAGUCCAUACGGUUGGUGUUGUAUCUGAUGACAAUUUGCCACCUGGCUUUGAAGAGCACCAGCCCAGAAAUCUUUGGAGAAAUAAGUUGUCCCAACUGCCUCUUAUCAAAUGGAGAUGCCCUCCCAGAGUGAGUCAUAUGUUAUUGUUGUGUUUGUAAAGAUAAAUAUGCUAAAGCACAAAAGAAUUAUACUUGAAAGAAUAGAGAUUUUAGUGUGUCGACCCAA